GUUACAUUUGCUGUGCACGCGGCCGUGGAGGGUUGGCAUGAGAUCUGCUGAGGGUUAGUUCAUUGCAGGUUAUCCUUUAACUGGAUUUGGGCUAUAGUGCAUGCUAUAAAAUCAAAGAGUCAGAGCAGGUGUCAGUGGUGAAGAGUGUCUCAGCGUUUCUGUAUGACCACCAUGGCAGAGAAGAGGGUGUCUCGUUGGUACUUUGGCGGCCUGGCAUCAUGCGGAGCCGCCUGCUGCACCCAUCCGCUCGACCUGAUUAAGGUCCAUCUGCAAACCCAGCAGGAGGUGAAAAUGCGUAUGACAGGCAUGGCUAUUCGCGUUGUUCGCAGUGAUGGACUUUUAGCACUAUAUAAUGGCCUCAGUGCUUCACUUUGCAGACAGCUAACCUACUCCAUGACCCGCUUUGCAAUAUAUGAAACUGUGAGGGAUAAAGUUGCAGGCGGAAACAAGGGACCCCUUCCAUUCUACCAGAAAGUACUGCUAGGAGCAUUUGGAGGUUUUGCUGGUGGGUUUGUUGGAACACCUGCAGAUAUGGUAAAUGUCAGGAUGCAAAAUGAUAUGAAGCUACCUGCUGAGCUGAGGAGAAAUUAUGCCCAUGCUCUGGAUGGAUUGUACCUGGUUCUCCGUGAAGAGGGUCUGAAGAAACUUUUCUCUGGAGCGUCAAUGGCCUCGAGUCGAGGUGCUUUGGUGACAGUUGGACAGUUGUCCUGUUAUGACCAGGCCAAGCAGCUGGUGCUUAGCACAGGUUUCCUAUCUGACAACAUCUUAGCCCAUUUCCUAUCCAGUGUUAUUGCUGGUGGGUGUGCCACAUUCCUCUGCCAGCCACUAGAUGUCAUGAAAACACGACUCAUGAACUCCAAAGGAGAAUACAGAGGUGUAAUGCACUGUGCAAUGGAGACUGCAAAGCUGGGACCAAUGGCAUUUUACAAGGGCUUUGUUCCUGCUGCCAUCAGACUUGUGCCACAUACUGUUCUUACCUUUGUCUUUCUGGAGCAGCUGCGGAAAUAUUUUGGGAUUCGGAUGCCUGCUUAACAGGGACGGGCAUGUUGCGUAGCUCCAACACUGUGCCUGGGACUACCCAAGUUUUCUGCAUAGAAGAUCACUCAAAAAGAUUCCUUAAGCAUUGUCCCAAUAAUGCUGGCUGCCAUCUUGGCUUCAGGCAGCUGUUACUAGUACUGCCUGACUCCUCUCAAACCUCUGUGCUUUGAUGGUAGUAUGUGAAUGCAGUAUUGCUGGGCAUAUUGCCUUAAGUUGGAAAAAGGAUAGUAUGAAGCCUGGACUGAGAUGUACUCUGCCACUGUGAGGUGGUCAGGAUUAAUCUUUUAUUCAUUCUUUUGUUAUGAAUUACAGCCUGAAAAAUCACAUGUAAUCAGGAAAAUCUUAAUAGUUUAAAGGCUAACUCACAGGCCUUGCUUGUCAGCUGGGUCAUAUUCAGUAAAAUAUUGUUUUGUUUUAACUUUAUUACAUUUUAUAAUUUGUUUUUACUGUAAGGUUUAAUUUUUUAUUUCCCACCUCUGUGAACAUUGGAACAAUUCUGCACUUGUUGUUAAUGAAACUGAAUCUGAGUGGCUGUCUUUCCCAUUAUUGUCCCCUGUGUAUGAAAGACUGCAAUUUUAUGUGGCUGAAUAAUGGACAACAUUUCGGCAACUUGAGGUCUGCAGGGAUGUAACGAGAAUGAUGUACAGUGGAAGGAACCCCGGAUCUUCUGCGGCACUUCUGUAGAUGACUGGGAGCAGGUCAGACUCGAGCAGAUGGAGCAGGUCAGAGUCGAGCAGAUGGAGGGAAGAGUUUGUUCCAUCAAUGCUGAAUGGUAGAUGUCAGGUCCCUACAGAGCAGGCAUAUCUGUCUCCUUUAUGCUCACACCAUCAGUAGAGCAUUCAUCCUUAGCAUCCCUUUUCAUGUAAUGCCGAUUAAGCUGGGAUCAAAACUGUGUACAGAGCUCAUCUGGAUAGUAUGUAGAGAGUUAGUAGUGUUUUCCACAUAUCUAGUUAAGAAAUGUGUAUUUACAAUGACAGGAGUUCUGUUUAAAUGGCAGCUGGCCUGACAGCAUUGCUGUUUUGUGUUUUUAUUUUAAUAUAUUGUAUUCUUGGGAAGUGGAGGACUUACUCACUUAAAUCUGCAGACUUACUCAAGCUUAACGUCAUUGUAGAAGCGUGUCUUUCAGUAGUGCUGUUUAGUGUGUCAAAUUUACAUUUGCACUAAAGGAACUCUAUGUAUCCAUGGCUUUAGAAUGCAUAAGGGGUACUGUUCUGUAGCUGUACGUAGAGCUGUCAUGUCUUAUUUUGGUCGAGCAACCUUCAGUCACCUCUUAAUCUUGAGGAUGUUAUAAUUUAUGUAGGUGAAUUCACAUUCAGUAAAAUAAAUUCUCAUGUACUGUGUGGUGGGGUUGACAUCUUCAGUUGUGUGUUUUUUUUCUGCAUCAUUCCUGCUGUUUGUGUCACAACAGAUGUCCAUCUGCUGUAUCGUUUCAGACCUCUUGCAUCUGUAUUAUUUUGCAGCAUUGCAUACUGGACAUGUCUUGUCCACUACUAUAAAAUGUUGACCUGUAGGAUAUAGGGUUGGUGUUUUAUGUACACUAGUUGUGACCUUCUCUGCUCUCCAUACGAGUCUCCCAGAUGAAUUUAUACAUCGCCUUUUCAUUUGCAAAAUUCACAGUAAGCACACUGCCAUUGUCAUGCUGUAACAUUACCAUAGACCCUUGAUUUGCCACUUUGGGUAGCUACAGAAGGCACACUAGUACUGUGGGGUCCUUUAUAUGAUAGAAGCAGUUAGUAUUUCAGUGUGUGACUUUCUUUGUGAUAGAAAUUGUAUGCACUGUUGAGAGAUCUAAAGUUCCCUGAAUAUUUCACAGCUGUUUAUAUGGUGACAAGGGUUUGUCUUCCAUUGAAGUGCAGUGCAUUUCAUUUGAGAGAUAAAACCUGAUACAUCCUAUCAACCAUUUCAGUGGUCAAAGUGAAAAAGAGGUCACUGCAGCUUACCAAAACAUUUCAGGUAAUGCCCUUUAUGUUUCGUUUGUGCUGAGCAGUAAAAUUAAUCUAAAUAAUUUCUUUAUAAUCUGAGCAGUUCCCCACCGGGAAUAAAGUGAAUGUUUACAUUUGUGUAGCUCACUGAUUUUUGUAUUGAAGUGCACCUGUUCUGUAUGACUGAACAGGUCACUUGGUUUUCAUUCAGCUGCCCUGCCGAAAGUAGCAAUAGGAACACAUUUGUGCUGUGAAUGUCACCAUAUACAUGGGCAUGUGAAUGCAGAGUGCAUUACAAAGCUGUGCGCACUGACUGUCAUCAUCAUAAAGCGGUGGAACAGAAACAGAAUAGGCAUUGUACAGAAACACUGCUUUGAAAAGGCAGCUCACUUAGUCAUGGGCAUCAUACAUGUAACAUUUGAAUACACAGUGCAAUCUUUUUUAUUCUCACAAAUGCAGUGCAUUGAAUGAGCAGACCCAGUGUGACUUAAUGGCAGUUGCAGGCCAAGCUGUACCACAGUCACUGAUAGCUGCAGUUAUUCCUCCACAGUGUUCAUAUGUCAGUGCGGAGGGGCCAGAUUUUUUCUGUAACAUAGGCCUGUCUAAAUUGAUUGUCUUUUGUCAUCAGAAACAUAAUAGACCUUUAUUCAAAGUAGUGAUAUGGCAUUUUUUUCAAUGUAAGUGGCUUCCCUGUAGUUUGUUUUAGGAAUAUGUCCAUGGCAGGCACCUAAGUUGUGGUCACACAGUUACUGGUGCAAAACUUAACAAGCCAUUUUUGUUUAAAGCUUCACUCUGUGGCCUGUGCAUCCUUUGGAAUCACCACCCUUCAUCCAUUCUGCUCCAGAUUCCUCCCAUCUGCCCUUAUGGCUCUGUAACCCCUCCUAGUGGCUUUUUGGGGACAUUUACUUGAGAGUUUACUGAAGGGUUGUUAUCUUCAUAGAGGUACCAUUGAAGUAAGGUGUAUAUGUUAGUACUCACCAUGGUGAGUGAUGUUCAUUUGGGGCUUCUUCAUGCCCUACCUACAUUCAUGUUGCAUGGGACAAUCCAGCUGCUACAUCUUGGCAGAACUCCAAGUUUAUAAUUCCAUAACUGCAUCAUCUGCUGUAUUGUUGUACGAGUGCAGCUACGCGUCUUCAGUGAGGGUUCAAGUGCUGGAGAUCCUUGGGGCUUGCAGGACUCCUAGCCCAAAACAGGAACACUUUGUGGAACUGCACAUGCUCUGAGCAUAGGAGCUUGACAUUUUAAGAGCCAUGUGAGAGGAUACCAAAGGAAUGUAAUCAAGUGAUCCACCUACUGUAGAGGGCUGUUUCAAAGGUCAUGUGGUACUUUGGGUAUUUGCAUAUAUAUGUAUAUGCUGUUUGUAUUGUGCCAUGCAUUCCCCUCAACCUGCAGACAUCCAAGUAAAAAUCUGGGCAGCUAAUUAGCAUACAGUUUGAAUACUAAAUAGUGCAUCGCUUUUCUGCUUCCAGUAGGAAUAUAGGUUACUACUCAGAAGUACAUUUAAAAAACAGAAUGACAAAAGUGAUGGAAAAAUAUAAGCACAUUAUCAGAGGCCAUGUAAAAUCUGUAGAUUUUAAUGAACUGUAUUGCAAAAUUGUACCACACUGGGUCAGUUUUUAUUGAUUCAAAAAAAGGGAGAUGUUAAGCUGUCUAUCAUUAUUGUUGCCAGUAGUUUUGUUGGUUAUGUAGUGUGGUUUUAUGUGCACCUACAACUUCAAAAAUUGCAAAUGAUGGAGAGGGUUUCAGAAAAUGGUAUCGAGGUCAAUCAAGCCUGAAAAUAGGGACAUACCUCCAAAAUAGGGACAUCCUGUGCAUGGGUAUAUCGGGCCUGAAAAUGGGAACUUUCCUCCAAAAUAGGAACAGUAAAGAGGUCUGGUGCCAUGACAAUGCCAGGCUCAUUUUGAAAGUACUCUGAUAGGAUUGUGGAAAACAGAACUAUAUUCACAAAUCGGAGACUACCUCUAACAUUCCUAUGAGUAUGCUGCUAACAUACCAGGGCACAUAGAUGAAACUGUCCAACCCACUUAACCCCAUCCACACAUUUAAAUUAAUUAACAGUAAAGUUUGGUUUUAAGGAUUUUCAAUCUGUAUAGAAAGGCAAUGCUUUCAGCAGUGAAACAUUGCAGACUUAAAUAUUUUCCUAGAGUACAUUAUGAUUUGGGGUUGGGCCACAUUCAGCAGCUAUGCAGUAUGUUAAGGAAGUGAUGGUAAAAUCGAUCUCUGCAGGGAGCUUAUAUUUCUGUGUGUACAUGUGUACAUAUGUGUAAUGCAUGUAAUUUGCCUAUGUAUAAUCUGUAUCAAAAAGUUUCUGUGUAGGAACUGGGACAGUGUUUAAGUGAAUGCACACAUGCAGGGAUGUUUGCAGUUUCUGCUGUGUGUAUAGGAAGAACAGCAGAUGGCAGUUUAUUUACACUAGAUUGUGUCAUGACAGUGGCAUGUGGUAGUGUGCACAUAUAUAGCAGCCGUAUCUUUCUGAUGCAUAUUAUAAGUAUAUUAAGCUUUUUUUUCUUUUAUCGAGUCAUAAAAAUCAUGUUACUAAUGACGUUUCUUAUUUCUUAAAGAUAAAGAUCUGACAUCAGUAUCACCGUUUAACAUUUGUGUUGAUAAGCUGUUCUGCUUUAUGUGAUGUAAAUGCAAAAAAAAUGUAUGAAAAGGAUUAAGUGUUGCAUUGCUGAAAAUGCCACCACUGUAAUAUUUACCUGUUAGCACUCCUCUCUUAGCAACCAAGCACCACUGAGUCAAAACUGGACAUCCUUAUAAGAGUCUAGUCUAUUGAAAGGGUCUACUUCAGAAAGAUAAAAAUGCAAACUCUCGAAUGUUCACAUGAGCGAAUAAUCAGAAACUCGAAAGUGGUAAUUUGGGAUCGCAGUGCAGUGAAGAUCGGAAUAGUUGCCCUUUCCUCACUGUAGUGCGAUCUCAGAGUAGGAAUAUAUAUUUAGUGGGGGUGUGGGGGAUGCAGCCCCCCCAAAAUACAAGUUUCGCGUUUUUGAUUAUUCGCUCAUGUGGGCAUUUGAGAGUUUGCGUUUUCAGUUUUAUGACAUAGACCUUAUUAAAAUUGGGAAUAUGAUGCAGAAACAUUUUUUUUAAUAAAUGUGAUAUACAGAUUUUAUUACAUGAAUUACAAUAAUGUAUUAUUUGUAUUAUAAAUAUAUCUGGUUUAGGAUGUUGCAAAGGUUUUUUUUUCCUCCUGAUGCCUCAAGGACUUUUAUUAAUGGAACAGAACUGGCCUGCUUUACCUAAGAAGCACAUGGAUUGAGACAGAGUAUAAUGUUAGACUAAAUUGAUUAUUAUAUUCCUGUAUUGAAAUGUUUAGAAAAUCAGCUGUUUGUUGGAGAAUCGUUUACUGAAACUGUACACCCAAAGCUGCUAGAUGUUCCCACUGCAGAUGUUUCUCUGUGUCCUGCUGAUGCUGUAUGCCAAAAUCCAACACAUAGUGGGCACAUUUAUGUAAUUGUAGCUGCUCGAUUAACAAGAGAGACCUCCCUUAUUGUUCUACCAGCAAAUAUCUCCCUAAUAAGGGAGUGUCUCAGCAAGAACUGUGAACUCCUGCCAUGCUGUUCCACAUUGUGAGGUUUGGCAUGCUUGGUUGGGGCAGUACAUUUAUAACCCAAGGGGAGGUUGUAUACUGCAAGCUGUGAAUGGCAUAUUUUAUUGGCAGCAGCCUUUCUUGUUGUACAUUGUCAUUCCAAUAUUUUAAAUAUUAACUCAGUUAAUUUUAAAUGUAUAGUAUUAAAUUAUAAUAAAUAGAAAAUAAAAAUA